CCCGGGGCGGCACUGGGGUGCGCAGAUGUUAGGAUCCUUGGAAGGAGAGAACUCGGACACCUGAUUUACUGGGCAGAGGAAAGAAGGCCCGGAUGCCUGGGUUUUUGGAAUGGAGGGCUUGGACGCCUUGGUCCUGGGGAGACGUUGGAACUGGGACUGCUGACUCCCCCAACUGGGGGCUUUCGAAAGCCUGAGUCCUUGAGUGGAAUUGGGGUAGUGGAUGCCUGAUUCUUGGGCAGAAAUGGGAGGCUCGGACGGCUGGGGCUCUGAAUGAGCGGCCAUCCCUGCUGCCCUCCAGCUAGCUGCCUUCUCGAGCCAGCCUCUAGGUUUCUGAGAAGAACUAGGAAUAGGGUGGAGAUAGUGGAAACCGGGUCCCCGAAAUGGAGCAGGACAAGCACCCGGGUUCCCUCUGGAGGCUGUGUCCCGGCGCUCUCCCGGCCCCACUUUCCGGCUCUGGAGUGGGGGCUAAGGGGGGGACCGGGGCAGCUCUCCAACCUCCUCUGUGCCGCUGCGCGAUCCCCAACAUGUCAUUAACAGAGGCGUCAGACCUGCCUAACCAGAGAAGGGACCUCCGCCCCAGGGCGCCCCCUGGCGCAGGCGGGGUGCCUCCGAUUGCCCCAUGGAGGUGGGAAACAUCUGGGGUUUGAAGAGGGCUGGCGUUCUAGAUAGAACUCAGGGCAGAAUUCCAGAAGGUGGGGUUGGAUUCUGGGAGCCUUUCAUGGCUGGGCACUACAGUCAUUUACACAGAAAGGAUGGGGGUAAACUAAGGCUUAGAGAUCACAGAGUUGGGAGUCAAGAUUUGAUGUCCCCCUCCCUCUGCAGCUCUCUGGGGGAACUGGAUUCCAUCUACUCCCACCAGAUUUUCUGACUAACCUCUUUCCUAGGGCUCCUCACCCUGACCCCGAGGUGAGAAAUGUCACCUCCACCCCCAUCCCUCUGACCUGAGGUAGCAUGGGAGAUAAGUGAGGGAUAGAGGCUAAUUCUGGAGGUGUGUGUCUGUCCUUGAAGCAGGGGGAGGACAGGACCUGCACCUCCCUGUCUCUCCCUUCUCUCCACCCCCAUGCAUCAUGUGAAGGGAUUAAACAAGGGGGUGGGGGAGGCAAGGGGCUCUGAUGAAAGACAGAAGAACUUCCUAAAGCCUGGACUUGGAGGGCAUUUGGUGAUAUCCUGCGAUGACAUUAAGAAUAAUAACCAUAGCUACCAAGACAGAACUCACAGCAUGCCAGGCUCAGGGCUGGCAGGCGCUCCGGGUGGCACCAUGGACAGCGAGGCAUUCCAGACCGCGCGGGAACUUCUGGACCUGAACUUCAAGUCUCUGGCCAUGAAGCACAUGGACCUGAAGCAGAUGGAGCUGGACACGGCGGCGGCCAAGGUGGACGAGCUGACCAAGCAGCUGGAGUCGCUGUGGUCAGACUCUCCGAUGCCUUCUCUUGGCUCGCAGGCUGCAGCCUCCCCUAGGCUGUCGCGGUACAGCUCCAGCCCGAUCCCUGAGCCCUUCAGCAGCCGCGGGUCCUCCCGGAAGGCGACCAGCGAUGGCGCAGACACCCCGUUCGGACGCUCCGAGAGCGCCCCGACUCUGCUCCCCUACAGCUCACUGUCCCCUAAGGGCCGGCCGUCGUCACCGCGCGCCGCGCUCUACCUGCAGCCGGACGGCUACGGCAGCCUGGAACGCGCGCCCUCGCCCCGGUCCCGUGCCUUUGAUGGCUCGGGCAGCUCUCUCGGCCGUGCGCCCUCCCCACGGCCCGGCCAGGGCCCGCUCCGCCAGCAGGGUCCCCCCACGCCCUUCGACUUCUUGAGCCGCGCCGGCUCUCCGCGUGGCAGCCCCCUGGCCGAGGGGCCCCAGAUGUUCUUCCCUGAGCGCGGACCCUCGCCGCGUCCCCCAGCCGCCUAUGACGCGCCGUCUGCCUUUGGGAGCCCCCUGAUGGGCACUGGAGGCAGCGCCUUCGCUCCGCCUCUGCGCGCUCAAGAUGACCUAAUGCUGCGCCGGCGGCCCCCCAAAGCCUGGAACGAGUCGGACCUGGACGUGGCAUAUGAGAAGAAGUCUUCACAGACAGCGAGCUAUGAACGCCUGGACGUCUUCGCACGGCCCUCCUCACCAAGCCUGCAGCUGUUACCCUGGAGAGAGAGCAGCCUGGAUGGACUGGGGGCCUCCAGCAAGGACAAUCUCACCAGCGCCACCUUGCCCCGAAAUUACAAGGUCUCCCCUCUGGCCAACGACAGGCGUUCUGAUGUGGGCAGCUACCGCCGAUCGCUGGGCUCCGUGGGGCCAUCAGGCACUUUGCCCCGCAGCUGGCAGCCUGUCAGCCGAAUCCCCAUGCCUCCUUCCAACCCCCAGCCCCGUGGUGUCCCCCGCCAGCGCCCCAUCCCCCUCAGCAUGAUAUUCAAGCUGCAGAAUGCCUUCUGGGAACAUGGGGCCGGCAGGACUGUGUUCCCUGGCUCCCCCAUCUUCUCCCGAGCUCCUCCACCUAAGCUGUCUCCCCAGCCCCAGGCACCCCCGCAGCCCCAGCUACUCUCCCAGCCCCAGCCCCAGCCCCAACCACAGCCCCAGCUGCCCCUACAGCCCCAGGCCCAACCACAACCCCAGCCUCAGCCCCAGCCUCAACCCCCUGCCCCAGCGUCCCAGCUCUCCCAACAGACUUGGCCCCCUGUGAGUGAAGGCCCCCCCAAGCCCCCUGCUGAGCUGGAUCCUGAACCAGAGCUGGAGAGUCUGCUGGCACCAGUGUUGGAGGCUGGCGAUGCAGAUGAAGGUGCUGUAACUCGGCCCCUCAGCCCUACGCGGCUGCAGCCAGCGCUGCCCCCCGAGGCACAGUCGGUACCCGAGCUGGAGGAGGUGGCACGGGUGCUGGCAGAGAUUCCUCGGCCCCUCAAACGCAGGGGCUCCAUGGAGCAGAGCCCUGCUGUAGCCCUGCCUCCCACCCACAAGAAGCAAUACCAGCAGAUCAUCAACCGCCUCUUCCAUCGUCACGGCGGGCCUGGGGGGCCUGAGCCCGAUCUGUCUCCCAUCACUGAGGGAUCUGAGGCCAGGGUGGGACCCCCUGCUCCUGCCCCACCAGCUCCCAUACCACCCCCCGCCCCACCUCAGAGCAGCCCACCAGAGCAGCUGCAGAGCAUGGAGAUGCGCUCGGUGCUGCGGAAGGUGGGCUCUCCGCGCAAGGCUCGCCGCGCGCGUCUCAACCCGCUUGUGCUGCUGCUGGACGCGGCGCUGACCGGGGAACUGGACGUGGUGCAGCAGGCGGUAAAGGAGAUGAACGACCCGAGCCAGCCGAACGAGGAGGGCAUCACCGCCCUGCACAACGCCAUCUGCGGUGCCAACUACCCCAUCGUGGACUUCCUUAUCGCAGCCGGCGCCAACGUCAACUCCCCCGACAGCCACGGCUGGACACCUUUGCACUGCGCGGCUUCGUGCAACGACACGGCCAUCUGCACGGCGCUGGUGCAGCACGGCGCUGCCAUCUUCGCUACAACGCUCAGCGAUGGGGCCACCGCCAUCGAGAAGUGCGACCCCUACCGCGAGGGUUACGCGGACUGCGCCACUUACUUGGCAGACGUGGAGCAGAGCAUGGGGCUGAUGUUCAAUGGGUUGGUGUACGCCCUCUGGGACUACAGCGCUGAGUUUGGGGACGAGCUGUCCUUCCGCGAGGGCGAGUCAGUCACCGUGCUCCGGAGGGACGGGCCAGAGGAGACAGACUGGUGGUGGGCCACGCUGCACGGCCAGGAGGGCUACGUGCCCCGUAACUACUUUGGGCUCUUCCCCAGGGUGAAGGCUCCGAGGAGUAAGGUCUAGCUGGAGAGAAGGACCUUUUCAAGGGAGACAGGAGGAAACAGCCCUGCCUUCACUCCAGACUUCCUGCUAUAUUACUGCUGCACCCUGCUGCGCCCCAAGCCCUGCAGGGGUGGAGGUCCUUUGUCACCUGCUCGCUGCUGCCCUGGAAGUCCAGGGGAGAAGGAGAACCCCAGCCUUAACUUUAGAAACCUGUCUUAGCCGUGGGAGGUCGUUGUGGAAUCACUGGGGACAAGAGAGAACCCCAUUUGCCAAAUCAGAUCCGGGCCAAAGUACCCCCCACUCCUACUGCUAACCCCUUCCCCAACCCUUCAAAACAAGCCAACCUACCAUCCUCCUGAAGCCUGGGAUGGGUCAUCUCCACUGGCUUUACCUGGGAGUCACCUCUGCCCCCAUUUCUCCCAGCAGAGGGGGGCGGGAGGGGGAGGCGCGGGUAAGGCAGGUCUAUCUCUACCAGGAUCCCUGCCCCACCUCUCCCCAACCAAGUGCCUUCAUAUGGUGCUGGUUUUAUAACAAAAUGGGCAAGUUUUUCUUUAUAAAUAAAGGUAGUGUGCACAGAAA